AUGUAGUUAGAUUAAUUAAUAACAACCUUUGGUUUGGAUACUUGUGAUGAAAUACCAUUUCUAAAAUUAUAAGCAAGAAAAUUUAAAAUAUCUCGGCCAUCAUAUAUAGCAUUCAUUGUUGUAUUAUUAGGAUUGGCAUGCAUAAUACUAGGAAUAGGAAGAGGAUUUUUUAUUAAAAUAAUGACAUUAGUCUACCCAUUUAUUAUGACAUUAGAAGUAAUUGAAACUUAAAGUAAUAAAUCGAAUAUAUUUAUUUAGAUUAUAGAAAUGCUAAAUAAUGGUUAUCAUACUGGGUUAUUGUAAUGAUUGUUCAUUUAUUGGAUGAUUAUUUGUAUUGGAUAUUAUAUUACUUACCCUAUUAUCAUUUCAUAAAGUUUAUCUUUUUUGUCUUGCUAUUUCACCCGAAAACGUAAUUUGCAGAACAUUUCUAUGAUGCAGUAUAAUUAUAUUAAAACAUUAUUAGGUAUUUCAUAAAUGCUAUGUUAAUUAUUAAAAAUACAUAUAUUCUAGAAAAAGAAAUCCAAGUUUCAAUUAUUGA